AUGUUACUGGCUAGUCGAAAGGCAAACCCGGGAAGUUUAUAUAGAAGGUGUUUACACUGUUCCAGAAUCACACUCAAUUCAGGAAAACCUGAAGAAUUAAAAACUUUAACGACAGAAGAUUACGCCAGGGGAUCAACAGGUUUACCUUUGCUUAAUUUAAAAAGUUCAAACGACUUUAACAAUACAAAAGAGGCCAAUGAUAUUAGUAAUGACGUGGAUACUUUUAAACUAGAUACAGAGAGGCAAGACACUGAUGAGACAGAAAUCAUGAAUUUUGACAAAUUGACACAAUUUAUUCGAGAUGCCUAUAACAAGUCUGAAAAAACCGCAAACGCAAACGCAAAUGCAAAUUCAACAGCAAAAUCAACAGCAAAUACAACAGCAAAUGCAGCAGCGGUAGCAGGGGUGAAAUCCAGAGUAGAUACAGAUACAUCCGGGACAUUUGCAACUAAUAGUACUGGAAGUGGUUCCAAGCAGUUAAAUGUAAAUUCAUUGUUUGCGGAAUAUGAAGCACAUUAUACAAAUUCUGAUAGCCUGGCUUCUGCGCGAGGAUACAAAGACAGCUUGCGAGUUCAAGGUACCACUCUGAAAGUUUAUGAAGAGCUAGAAAGCCAAAGCAAGGAUGCCUUAGGACCCACUCUCGAUUUUAUUGACAAUGAGCUCAAAAAUUCUUGCGAGGUGAACGAAUACUAUCUUAGUUUAUUGAAGAAUGCGAGCGUGCAGAUUGAUAAAGCUAGAGACAAACGAAAUUUGAAUGAACAGGUUUAUCUUAGGCUGGUUCUUGCUUUGGAUAGGAAACAGUGGAGCGACAAACAUCAGGCAGUGGUUGAUCAGAUUGCCAAACAAAGCUUACUUUCACCCAAAGAUCCUGUAUUGAAUGCCAUUUCUCUUCCAAUCAUUACCAAUCACAUUUUCAAAAUUUUGGGUUUCAGAUUUUUUAAUGGAGAGUUGUUAAUGUCACUUUUCCAUCUAUUGAAAGAGAAUGUCUAUUUGCACACAUUAUGCUGCAAUCAGGAAACAUACAAUCAAGUGCUAAAGAUAUGUUGGAUCUAUUAUGGAAGUGUGGAUCUCUUGCAGUUUGAAAAAGUCUUUGUCGAGAUGAAAUUCAUGGGUUUCCCCGGAGAUGUGUCUACUUGCAAUAUACUCAAAGUGGUAAUUGAUCAGUACAAUGCUAUGGCAAGAGGAAAAUCCGUGCUCAACAAGUUUGGGGCGAGAGUUUUCACAAAGGACGACAAUGCUAGAAUUGAUUUCUUCACUAGAGAAUUUGAAGCACAAAGAUUGAAGAUUAUAGAAUCAAGGACAUUAGACUCUACGGUAGCAAAUACCAGAGCUAGAUCGUUAGAUUUUCUCCACGGAAAUGAUGUCAGGAAACAAACUUAUACGUAG